AUGGAGGGAGAGCCCCGCUUCGACCUCAACCUCGGCCUGGUAGUGUGCUCGCAGCAGCCCGACGGGAAAUCCUUGCUGUAUCCGUUCGACGUCGUCGUCCCAACAGGCAAGCGUCCCCGCGGCACCGAGAGGCGCGCAAGGGAGGCUGCGUUCGCAAAAACCGUCCCAACUUGGUCGCGCCUGAUUCAUUCGCAGGCAAACAAGACGUCGAGCGGAUACUCAGCAUAUUUCGAGGCAUUCAGAGCCCCAUCGGUAGGCAAGUACCUCUUCACUGCACUGCCACCCGCUCCAACGGCCUCCCCGCGCGCCCAUCUCAGUCCGCUCUGCCUCCCACACGCAUUUUAUCUACCGUCCAGUCCCCUGCGCAGCUCAGUUCCCACGCGCUGUCCUCGCCAGGCUCUCAGGACGAGUAACAGCCUUCUACUGCACCUUGUGGGCCGCAGGUACCUGUUCCUGCGGAAGCUGUGCGAGGACGACGCGAACCUGCACUUCCGCGCCGUCGUGCAGCACGCCUCCGAGUUCCUGCCCUUCAUUUACACCCCCACCGUCGGCGAGGCCUGCCAGCGGUACGACGCUCUACGCAUCCGCACGCGCGGCCUCUACGUCACGCUCGAGCACCGCGGACGCAUCGCACAGCGGCUCCGCGACUGGCCCGGCCGCAGCGUCCGCGUCAUCGUCGUCACAGAUGGGGAGCGGAUUCUCGGCCUCGGAGACCUCGGGACGGGCGGCAUGGGGAUCAGCGAAGGCAAGAUCACGCUUUAUACCGCUGCGGCGGGGCUGUCGCCGCACGUGUGCAUGCCGGUGUGUCUCGACGUCGGUACGGACAACGAGAAGCUUCUCGAGGACCCUGCGUACCGCGGGCUGCGGCGGAAGCGUCUCAGAGGUCCUGAGUAUGACGCAUUCGUGGGGGAGUUUAUGGCCGCGGUGCGCGCGUGGCAGCCGCACUGCCUGGUGCAGUUCGAGGAUUUUGGCAACAAGAACGCGUUCCGCGUCCUCGAGCACCACCGCAACGCGCACUGCUGCUUCAACGACGACAUCCAAGGAACGGCAUGCAUCACUCUUGCAGGAUUGUUGUCAGCGUUACAAGUGACACCGAACCGGCGCCUCGGCGCGCAGCGGCUGCUGUUUUUCGGGGCCGGGGAGGCGGGGACCGGCAUCGGCGAGCUCGUCUCGCGCGCGAUCGCCGCCGAGGAAAACAUCCCCCUGACUCAUGCCAGGACCCUCUGCAGCUUCAUGGACAGCAAGGGCCUCGUCACGCGCGCGCGGCGCGACGCCGGGGAUCUCCAGGAGCACAAGCUCCCCUUCGCGCACGACGCGCCCGCCUGCACGGACCUCCUCGAGGCCGUGCGGCGCCUCAAGCCCACCGCGCUGGUGGGCGUGUCGACAAUCGGCGGCGCCUUCACGCCAGAGGUCCUGCGCGCGAUGGCGGAGAUCAACGAACGCCCGAUCGUGUUCCCGCUCUCGAACCCGACGCCGCUGGCGGAGUGCACGUUCGAGCAGGCGCUGGAGUGCACCGGCGGACGCGUGGUGUUCGCCAGUGGCUCGCCGUUCCCUCCUGUCGAGACGCGCGCCGCGAACGGCGCGGCGGCGCUGCGCUACGCCGCCCAGGCGAACAACGCGUAUAUAUUCCCGGCGCUCGGGCACGCCGCGGUGCUCGCGCGAGCGGCGCGCAUCACGGACGCAGCGUUGCUGGUGGCUGCGCGUGCGCUGGCGGAGCAGGCGUCGACUGAGAUGGUGGAGCAGGGGCUGCUGUUUCCGCCGUUCGCGGGGAUCCUCGAGGUGUCUGCGCGGAUCGCGGAGGCGCUCGUGCGGCAUUUCGUGGCCGAGGGCACUGGGGCGGUGCCGCCUGGGGUGCACGCGCGCAGAGACGGCGACGUGGCGCGGUUCGUGCGGUCGGCGAUGUGGUUCCCGGCGCGGCAGAUGAUCGAACGCGAUAGGGCGCGCCUGUGA